UAUGUAUCCUAAGCAUCGGGACAUGUGGCCUAAUCUAGGAGCCGAUACAGCGCAUUGGCGAAUAUGGAAGAUAAUGGCAUUACCUUAUUGGCAACUUUAUGGUGAACUAUUUAUUGAUGAAUUGAAAGGAGACACAAAUAGCAAUGGUACUUGUACAUUUGUUGAAUCCGAAUGGGAAAGUAACCCAGAUGUUGAGAGAUGUGUUGAAUACGACUGGGCCAUUAUGGUAGUAGCCGCCAUGUAUAUGUUGAUAUCAAACCUCCUGUUGUUCAACUUAAUCAUUGCUCUGUUUACCUAUCGAUUCAAGGAGGUGCAAAACAAUUCUGACAGAUUGUGGAAGUACUGGAGAUUUUCAACCAUCAAAGAUUAUAGCACAAGAUUUCCUGUGCCAUUCAAUAUUUUUUUGCAUGUCUUCAAUAGCAUAUAUAAGUGUUACAAUAAUUUUUCAAUCAAAAAUGCAGGAGGUGAAUUAAGGGCUCUUAUGGUACAAGAAUUGUACAAAGAUCUGGUUACAAUAAGUUACGCCGACUGGUGUAAGGAAGGAGUAGAAUUAAAUGGCUUGUGGUGA